AUGGCGCUUGCUGCUUUGCGCAGCCGUGGGCUGCAAGCUUGCUCUCGCGUGGCGAUGCGAGCCGCGAUUGCACCCCGGACACAACAGCUCACCCCCACCGCAGGAGCAGCAGGUGCGCGCCGCCUGCUUAGCAGCCCGGCCCCCACCGGCGCUCCAUCUCCGACAGCGGCGGCGAAAGGGCAGAGCCAGCUGCACAGGGGCAAGAAGGCGGAAGGGGAAGAGAGGAGGUUGUGGCCCUACAUCAAGGCCGCGAGGCAGCAGUUCUUCAACGUCAUCCUGGCCACCCUUUCCAUCGUGAUGGCGGUCAAGAUGGUGGAGGGGAAGGGGGCGAGAGUAGCGUUGGAGGAGGAGAUGGUCGAGAUGCAGCGGCGACAAGGGGUGCUCUUGAGAUCGUUGUCGGACGAGGCGUGGGCAGAGGAUGUGGCGAAGCGGCUCGGCGCCGCCGGCGGCAAGGAGGCGGUGAUGGUCGAAAUCGAAAAAGUUGUGGCGGCGAGCCUCCUCGACAAGGAGACUGCCGAGCUGGAGGCCAUGCGCGCCGCCGCGCUAAAGACAAGCCUGGAGCAACAGAAACACGGAGCCCCCUACCCGGGGGGGGUGGGGUCGUUCGCCGACGAACAACCCCGCGAGGCUUCCGCCUCGCCAGUGGCACCAAAACCUGGUGAGCGAUGAAACGCGCGUGUUUGUGCGACGCACCGCAGUGUGGACGAGUCGCGUUUUGGGGCUUUUAUCGGCGGCGCGAAAGCAACUCGUCCGCCCUACCGUCUUCAUCAGGUCCCUGUUGAAGACCGCUAUAUCCCGAGAGAUGUUGACGGCCAUAUAUCCGGCACCCGGCAGUAUGAGACAACUUAAAUGUUCCAUCUGUGAUAAUCGAUUUCACCGGCGUUAAAUACGCGGCCUUGAACAGGGACCUCGCUCUGUUGUUGUUGUUGUCUUCACACUAAAAACCGUUCCGAUCGCUCUACCCAGUACCUUCAUCUGUCCGUACUGGUCUAGUACUUGACGAGGUCGAUUCCCGUGGUCACAGGCUAUCUUACCCAAAAAAAGUCAUACUCAAACAAACUGGACCUCUGCUGCUGUAUCCUUAAUCAAUACAUCAGCAACGUUUUCGUCGUCGCCUCUCUGACGACUCGACGUCUCGACUUUGCUUCUCCUCUUGCUGCUUGCCUGCCGCUUCGUUGCGUGCCGUUUUUUGGUUCCUUCUCGUCAUCUUUCUUGACAACGUACCUACGGUCCAUCCACCACCCGCCGCGUUGAUCCAGCACCCUCGAAGGGAAUGAUGUAAUAGUACGCUUUCUCGGGCAUAC